AGGAACGAUGUAAACAAGACUUCUUUGGAAGCCAGUACCCGUACUUCGACGAUGUUGGAACAGAUGCUUAAUGGUUACGACAAGAGACUGAGGCCAAACUUUGCAGGUAAAUAUCAGUGAUAUUGUGUGUAUUCGUGAGCCGAUCCUAGAGUAUUCGAAACCGGCCUACUGACGCAACCUCGUCACCAAGACUUUUCCCAUUAUCUAAAGGAGGAGCACUGGGGACGAGGCUAUAGUCGUUGGAAGGUUACCUCGUGUAACUGGCAACAUGUUGAAAUGAUUCAUGCCCGCCAUGAUCGUAAGUGAAUGACAGCCGGGCUACAAUAAGCCCACGCACCUUUAAAGUGCAGGGGCACCCAACGAGAAUAUAGUUCAAAACUACUUAAACAUAGCAUUGUUAAACGUAUUUUAGUAUUUAAACGGUAGAUAUAUGUCUAUUUUUAUCCCUAAAAAUUUUUCAUCUGUUCGGAUUUCCUAGCUGAAAGUCUAGUGAUCCGAAAAUUAUAGGAAUCAAAACUUACUUUUUCGAAAACUUCAGCUAGAAAAAAGGCUCCUGAAAAUUCUAGGUGACCUUUUUAGGGUAAAAAUCCGUUAAAAAUGGGCAAUUAUUCCAUUUUUUAGAUGUUCGAAAAUCCUAGGAGAGGCAGGCAAGCAAGAAAUUUUACAACAAAUGUUCCGAAAAUUCUAGAUCUCAAAUCGUCUUCUGAGCGAACAGAUAUUUUCCGAACAUUGAUGUUGGAUGCCCCUGAAAGAGCCAAAGGCCAUGGUCAACCUAAGUUCGUAAGUGGAUCACAAGGCACAGUAUAGUAAACCAACAAUGAAGUUCGCAUGUUAGCCCAAGGUCGCAGUAAAAGCAUGUUUGUCUGGACCUCAGGUCACAGUUAGCCCAUGAUUGUCAUUGACUCACAGUGACUCACAGUAGAUCCACCCGCUUUAGUGCACUACAAGUCACGUUACAGCCAUGUUUGUAUUAAAGUUGACCACUGAUCAAAAUACGCCUAUGCUAGUGAGUAAACUUAUUUAGUUGCUUCAUUCACAGGUUCUCCAAGUGAAAUAAAAAUUUCCAUGCACGUGCUUUCACUGGUCCCGAUAAGAGAGAUCGACAUGGUAAGGGAAUCAUAUACACCACACUUAAACGUUAUACACUUCCUUCUUUAUGCCAGCUCCCGCUGGAAUAUGGUACUUUGUGAUGUGCGGCAUCCAUAGUCAGGGACACGCAACAGCGGUUUCCUCCCAAAUACAUUGAAAACACUUUUUAAGCUAUCCAGAAUUCUUUUAGAUCUGUAGAAAUACAUUCUAAGAGGAGCUAUAAAAUUUGUAUCUGUUUGGAUAUCCUAGGGAAGCUUGAGUCUUUUCGAAAUAACAAGGGCCUCAGUCUUAUUUUCCCGAAAAUUUUAGAUGCAGUUUAACGUAUUUCGAAAGUGAGAAUUUUUCUGAUUCCUCUCUCUUACUAUCACAUUUUUGAAUCCGAAAAUUUUAGGUUUCCUUUUUUCUACGAUUUUUUUUUCAUAAUAGCCUAACCUAGGGAGUGAAAUGUGAAAAACUAAACUUCAAAAAAUCGUAGGGAAUUUAUUAGAUAAGCUUCGAAAAUUGUACAUGAAUAGAAAGGUCUCCUAGAAAUGUUUUAGAUGUCCUCAAUUAAUAGAAAAAUCUAGGCAAUAAUUAUUUUCUUCUCCGAACAGAUAUUUUACAGAAAACCGUCGUUAGGUGCCCCUGUAUAGUGUUCUUACCGGAUUAUAGAUAUUCCUUACCAAGAGAACCUUUUUUGGCUUGACCUCACCCCAUUAUUUUUAAGAAUUGACAUUUAUUUGUCCCUGAGGAUUUUCGGCGGGUUUUCAAGAUCGAAACAGAUUGUAAUUGGCGAGUCAUUUCCAGAUGGUAGUAUUUUAUUUGUCCUUCUCUUUUCUCAUAAAAGGAAGCGAGGGCCGUCAUAUUCUUCCGUGAACAUUGGACUGAUCCUCGUCUAGCGUAUGGUCCUUCGCUGGGAAUUCCAAAGAUGAAGCUUCUUGGGAACAUUGUUGAUCAAGUUUGGCUACCAGACACAUAUUUUGUGAACGAUUUGAGCGACACAAAGUCGAAUGAAGAUUUUUUGUUUGAACUCACUGAGAAGGGACGAAUAACGUACAGUUACAGGUCUUGUAAAAUCAUUCUACUUUACCCUUUUUGUCCUGGUAAAACCUAAUUGAACGGAGAAUGGUGGCUUUUGACAUUAGUCAUCCAUGUGCUUAGCUCGUGUUGCAUUAUUGUAUUGUCGUAACAGGAAUUUCUAUCUAUCUACUACCGUCAAAAGCUGUCAAAGAAAAACAUCACUUGUUAAAUCAGUUUUCUCUUUAACAGGAAGUUGUUGUUUUCGGUUUUUGCGAUAAGAAGGGCCUCUAUUGUUAAUUGUACUUCGCCAUUCCCCUCUUGACUUUUGGCUUGAGGCCACAGUUCAAGAUCCCUGGCCGUAGUUCCCUAUAAACUAAGUUGUCACGUGUUUAACUGGCCACAGGCACAAACGUCAGAUCUGCAAUUCUCGUCUUUAGGAUUUUCUCAGCUAGUGAAAGCGUCAACACUCAUAAGUAUUCGUGAAGACUUUUUUAACUUGAUGUUUUGCCUUACCGUAUUCAGGAGAACGCUUCGUUUGUACUGUCCUAUGAAUUUGCAGAAAUUCCCAAUGGAUGAACAAAUUUGUGAAAUGGCAUUUGAAAGUUGUAAGUAUGUUUACACGGUAUUUAUACUUCAAACAUCUAUAUGAAGCAAAUUUCAAACAGUUUGGCAAAAGGUAGAGUCACAGUAUCCCAAGAAACACUAGAAAUACGAUUGUUGCGAGUCUUCUUCAAUACACCGUUACUUUGUCCAGUGGAACAUUAAUUAAACCCAAUUAGCACCCUUCACUCUAACUGGUUCUGUUAAUACCUACCGUCACCAUAGUUACAAGCCCCGGGCGUAUACAUCGUCGUAAGUGGUUUAAGGAGGGCUUAUAAACGAAGGGGCCUUACAAACGGAGGGGGUUAUAUCCAAGGGGGCUUAUAAAGGGAGGGAUUUAUAUCCGAGGGGGCUUAUAAACACAGGGGCUUAUAUCCGAGAGGGCUUAUAAACGGAGGGAGUUAUAUCCGAGUGGGCUUUUUCGUUUACGGGUAGAUGUGUUUAUCACCGUGGGAGGUCUUUAUAAGUGGCAGUUGACUGUAUACGUUUUUAUUUCAAUUGCCGUAGAUUCAUACGCUGUUGAAGAUAUUAUUCUCACCUGGCUUAAUCCAGACGCUCUACAAAUAGAUGGAAAGUUGCAGAUCCCUCAGUAUACUCUGGUUGCCUGGCAACAAAAACAUGAUCUUAACAAAUAUAGUACAGGUAAUUACUCCAGCCCGAAAGGCAAUGAGGCACGUUUUUACUUUUUUUCAUGCUUUUUUAGUUUUUUUUUUAAUUCUCUUAUGCCGCGUGCCCAUGAUUGUAGUUUUUUGUUUUCAUCCCAUUCGUCAUACUUCCUAGGAGUUACUAUGGUUAUGUGACACAAUUAUUUGAUUUAUUAUGUAACAGGUGAAAUUUGAAUAUUGCCAGUUGCAAAAUUGUUCUUCGCAUUUUGCCGCCUUUUGGAAAAUUUUACGAGUAAAUUUUCAUAGCGGAGCUGCUUGCGCGCCAGGCGAAGCCCCAUGUAUUGCUAGGAAAGUUUGGUAAUGAAAAUUUGGUUAUGACGUUUGCCUACGCCCGCCCCUACGUACACUACAUGUGAGCCGAUUUCAAGUGUCACCUAAGAUCUUGCACAAAUUGACACUAUCCUGUCAGUUAUGUAAGCCAUCUGUAUGAAGAUGAAUUGAUAGCUAUCAAAAUCAGGCGUUCGCUGACAAAUAUCACAUGGCCAUCUCGCAGGCUCAGAUGAAAGACCGGUCGUUUUGAGGUGAAAUUUUGCAUUUCAAGCACCUCGAUCGUUUCGGCGGUAAAUCGCAUGGUCGCCCGGACUUUGAGAGAGAAAGAGAGAGAAAAAAAACACGUCUUUCUUUCGACUAAAUUUUAAUCUAUAUUUUAAACAUGGAUGACAGGGAGAAAUUAAAGCUAGAGCGAGAAAUAAAACUAAGACCAAUUUAGUUGGAAGAAAAACAUGAACAUUUUAUACCGGCGGUGAGAAAUGAGAAAUCCUAGCGGCCACCAAGGUGAAAAUGAGCGGCAGUGAAAAACCAAAGUGAACAGGAAGGGAUUUUCUAGAAGUUUCACGUUUUAGUUGUGGACACUGAUGGCGAGGAAAUAUGCAAAACGUGUGCCGCACGUGCGAAGUUGGUUUUUUUUGCUAAUAGAGCGUUUUCACCCACGUGGCCAUCUUCUAUGCAAAUUUAUUGGAACAAAAGAAAACGUUUGCAUAAGAAAAGAAUUUAACUGUCACAGGCUUGUCUUGGCUCACCAACAUGGCCGCCAUUUCAUUGUUUUGGAACACCAAUAUGGCCGCCGUGACGUCAUGUGAAAACGCUUUAUUAGAUCUAUUGUUGUUUUUUUUAUCGUCCUCGUUUUACCGUCUCUUUAGUACUACACGAUUUUAUAUUUUCUUUGAGUAAACUAUAAAUAUUAAAGAGAGUUUCGCUUUUAGCCCUGGCUAAAUCUAUACAUUGAGCCUUUAAAAAGUUGAAACAUGAUCAUUACACGUUACAUUUACCGAUUUUAUGUUAUUAUUCUUAGGGAAUUUCACUUCAUUAGCAGCAGUUUUGCAUUUCAAAAGGCAACUCGCUGCUUACUUCCUUCAAGAAUUCAUUCCGACCAUUUUGAUCGUGGCAAUCAGCUGGGUUAGUUUCUGGAUCGAUGAAAGAUCGGUGCCCGCUCGGGUGUCCCUCGGAAUCACGACAGUCCUCGCGUUAACAACGCUUAUGUUUGGAAUCCAAACCUCUAUGCCAAGAGUUGGUCACGUGAAAGCCAUCGACGUCUUUCUACUAUGUAGUUUUUUCUUUGUAUUUUCCGCCCUCAUAGAAUACGCCAUCAUCUGCACAUUAUCGAACGCAAAUUCGUCAAGGGCGGAUGGUAGCUUGAAGCAACACUCACAUGUGAAAGUGAUCCCGUCUGAAAUACUUGAUGAGAACAAGAACGGGAAAAUAGCUGGCGACAAAAACGAAACGCCAAAUCAAGACUUGGCGAGAAAACAAGGUGAAAUUCAGGUAAAUAUUUCUUUUAAAUGUUGCAGCACGCUUAAUAAUUAGUUCUAUCCGCUGCAGGUCAAGUAUUUGCCUUGUUCUCCUGCUGUGUCUUUGAGAACAGCAGUACUUUUACAGAGCAAUCCGCAAUCCUAAUCUCCAGGUUGUUAUUACGCAUGCGUCGCAUCUGUUUAGCCAGCAUUUUUUUGGACUUCCACUAAGAAUGAAUGGAAUGCACAGAGCGCAAUUUGAUCACGUGCGCUUCGAACUUCCACCCUCUGUCAAGUGAAACCUACGCAAAGCACCAGCGUUGGAGAAAAAGCCUUUUGCGGCUUUGAUCGUUGUCGCUCGCACUCCGUAACCUUUGGUUAUCACUAGUUUAAGUCUUCUGUCAUAAAAAUGAACGAGAAUGACACUGUUAUGUUACGUAUCGUUAAAACUGUAGGCUAACCUACUAGAUACUGUUCCUGCGGGGGGAGGGGGGGUAUACUCCUUGGUGUAGUGUAUGAAGAUAUUUGUCCUUUCAAUUCCAGAUGAAUAAGAAAGAAAGUGUAAUAUGGAAAGUCGAAAUGGAGUUUAAGAAAUCUUUUUGUUGGUGUCCUUUUGUAAGUAAUAAUGAGACAAUUUCUUAGAGGCCAGCUCUAAAAACGAGCGUGGACAGGAGACCAAGGGCUCCAGUUCCUGUGUGGAAAAUGACAUCUUUUUUGGUCUGAACUAAGGUCAGGAUUUGGAGAACUGGGCGGUUUACCAGCACCAAGAACUCCCAGGAGUACCCCCGGGCAUUCGGUCUACGGAGCUUAAAGAGACAGAAAGAAUCUUAAUCGUCAGGCAUAAGAUGCAAAUUCUUUUAGUUCAUUUCUACUCGUAUUUUCCUAUGCCAAUCUUAAGCACUUCAUUUUUUAUUUAGUAUUGGUUCGCAUAAAACUUGGCUUUUCUCUACCCACGAUCGACUACGACGUUUCGAUAUCUGUUUUAAGUCGAAUCUGCCCGAGGGGUGGGGGUACUUCCUUAUAAGUGGCUAAUGGGGAUGUGCCGCUGGAUGGGGUCGCAUUUUCAAUAGAGUUACUAGAAGUGGGGUCGCACAUUUUCUUUAUUUUUGGGUAAGACAGUUCUUCAUAUUUACGAUUAGCAAAUGUACCAGAAUGCUUGUACUGUAGGUGAAAAGUAUCAGUGAGAUAGAUUGGUAGAAUAUGAAUAGAAAAGUUACUAUAAAAGUUGGGAUGGCGGAAACUACAUAUUUGCCCAAAAGUGACUAAGAUGCGGAAUGGACUAUGAUAGGGUACAGGCUCUGACAGGCGAGCUUGUAUACCCAGCAAAAAUUAACCCAAUAACCUCCCCCCUCCUCCCCAAGCGAAUCUCCCGUACGCGAGCACCCAAACUCAGACCUAAGAUUUAGUUGUCAACAAUUGAUAAAUGUGAAACCGUUAACCCAAACGACAGUCGCAGUUUACGAGAGGCGAUCGUUUACGAGAGCUUCCGAAGCGAACUAAAGUGACGGUUUGGGAAUAUUCCUGUGUUUUAGAUAGGAAGAAGAAGGAAAAGCGUGCUUUUAGUCAAUUUGCAGAUAAUAGUCCACUUUUUUUGCUUAAAUUGUUUACCUUAUUGGGUACUUGUUAUUCUGCCUUUAUUUUGGUGUGUAAAGAAUAAUAGAUGGUGAAUUUAUUUGUUCAAAUCCCUUGUUUACGUAGUACUUUUAAGUGCUUUAAGAUUGAGAAAAUACGAAACUUGUGUGUAGUUUCUUAAAUAAUUGUUUUGAUGUACCGUGUGCUCGAUAUAAAACACUGCAUCGCAGUUCUCAUUAUCUAUUACUCUCCUUUUUUUUUCAGAGAAGAGACCACAGCGAAAAUCAUGAUUCUUCGCGCUAUUUUCCACCCUGGUUUUCCAGAAAGCGCAGUUCCGGCGUUACAAAAGGAGACUCAUGGCUGUCAUUGAAUCAGCGACAGCCGUGUGAUAUUGACCGGCACUGCAGAAAGUUGUUUCCAAUGGCCUACGCCUUGUUUCUGUCAAUAUACUUUGUGGUCUACUACUUUGCAGACAUUUGA